CAUCUUUUUUCCCCUUCCAUGUAUCACAAAAGAAUUCAGGACAAAGCUUAUUACAUUUGAUUUUGAUCUUUUCAUCAGUUAAAAUUGAACCUCGUAAAGAAGAAGUUCUACUACUAAUUACAAUUCCUAAUUAACGAGUUCAAGUAUUUUAUCUAUUAUUUUCUUUAAAUUUAAACAAAAUGACAAGUCACAAUCACGAGAUAGCGAAUACAAAAAUUGUGAUUUCUGGCAUCUCUGGACGUUUUCCAAAUUCAGAUAAUUUUAACGAAUUGCAAUAUAAUCUACUGAAUAGUAUCGACUGCACUACAGUUGAUCACAAAACAUUUAAUUAUGAUUCACCAAAUAUUCCUACGAGAAUUGGAAAAUGCAGUGAUUUUCACAAAUUUGAUAACAUUUUUUUUGGAAUUCAUGAUAAGUUAAGUAAUAUUAUGGAUCCUUUAUCAAGAAUAUUAUUAGAACAUAGUUUCGAAGCAAUAAUGGAUGCUGGUAUUAAUCCUCGAAGUCUGAAAGGCCAAAAAAUCGGUGUCUUUAUAGGUACGAAUAUUUCAGAAACAGACAAAAAUUGGUUUAUUUGCAAACAAAAGCGAAAUAACUUCUCAAUCAUCGGAUGCAGCAAAGCGAUGAUACCAAAUCGUAUAUCUUUCUUUUUGGGUAUUGUUGGGCACAGUAUUCAUAUAGAUAAUGCCUGUAUCAGUUCUGCUUCGGCUCUUGAAUUUGCCUAUCGCUAUAUGAAAGAGGGUAUUUGUGAUGCAGCUAUUGUUGGCGGUAGUAUAGUAACUCUACAUCCACACUUAUCUUAUCAUUUUAAUAAGAUAGGGUUUUUUUCUGAUGAUGGAUUGACCAAGAGUUUUGACGAUAAUGCAAAUGGUUGUACCCGAAGUGAAGCUGUAUCAGUUCUCUUUAUUCAAAGAGCGACUGAUGCUAAGCGUAUUUACCAGGAAAUAAUUAAUAUAAAAAGUUUACACGUUGAUUGUACAGAUAAUAACUCUAUUCUAUAUCCCACAACUGAAUCUCAAAUAAAAGUAAUGACCGAUAUAUUGAAUGAAAGUAAAUUAUCUCCAAAUAGUAUUUCAUUUAUAGAAGCUAAUGGAGUUGGUAUUAAAAAAGUGGAUGCAGAUGAGUUAGCAGCUAUUGAUGCUGUGUAUGGUACACGAAAAGAACCAUUGCUUAUUGGAUCUAUCAAAUCAAAUAUUGGCAAUACAAUACCUGUAAAUAGUAUAACUUCGAUUAUAAAGAUAAUAAUAGCAUCAGAGACUGGGCAAAUCCCACCUAAUUUGAACUAUAAAACACCCAAUUGCAAUGCAAAAUGUUUGAAAGAUGGUAGGAUUCGAAUUUGUGCAGAUUUGAUUCCUUGGACUGGAGAAUAUUCGUCAGUUAAUACUGCUUCUAUAGCUGGAGGUUUUUCAAGUAUUAUUUUAAAAACACCUAAUAUUAAAAAAAAAAAUAAUGGAAUUCCCGAUGAUGAUUUAUUGCGUCUUAUUAUAAUCUCUGGUCGUAAUGAAGAAGCUGUUAAAAAGAUCUUGUGCUUUAUAGAAAGUAGACCAGUAGAUGUCGAAUUCUUGCAAUUAUUAUAUGAUAUUCAUAAAACAGAAAUUGAUGGAAAUUUAUAUCGAGGAUAUUCUAUUGUGCCUGCUAGAAGCUUUUUUUCACCACAAUCUAGUAAACAAGAGAUUAUUUUUAAUACUGGAGUGCGUAGAGAAGUUUGGUGGAUAUUCUCAGGAAUGGGUUCACAAUGGGCUGGAAUGGGCGAAACACUAUUAAAAUUACCAAUAUUUGAAGCUGCCAUAAAAAAAUGUGAUGCUGUGCUAAAACCGAAAGGUUAUAAUGUAUACAAAAUUAUAACCGAUAAGGAUCCUAAAAUUUUUGAUGAAAUUGUUCAUUCAUUUAUUGGCAUUGCUGCUAUACAGAUUGGCUUAGUGGAUACACUUAAAGCAGUUGGUCUUGACCCAGACUACAUAAUAGGACACUCUGUUGGUGAGCUUGGAUGUGCUUAUGCUGAUGGAUGCUUUACUGCUGAGCAAAUGAUCCUUUCGGCUUUAUCACGUGGUUUAGCUUCCAUCGAAACAAAAUUAGAACGAGGCUCAAUGGCAGCAAUUGGACUAGGGCAUACUGAAUUACAAAAUUUGUGUCCUACUGAUAUUGAUGUUGCCUGUCAUAAUGGACCUGAGAGCUCAACUAUCAGUGGGCCUGCUGCAUCUAUGAAAAAAUUUGUUGCUUCAUUAACGGCUAAAGGUAUCUUCGCUAAGGAAGUUCCAUGCAGUAAUAUUGCUUAUCACAGUCGCUACAUUGCAACAGCUGGAUCUAAACUAUUAGAACGUUUGCAAAAGGUAAUUCCGAAGCCAAAUCUUCGCAGUUCCAAAUGGUUGAGUACAUCAGUACCUCGCGAAGAAUGGAAUACCAUAAAGGCAUGUUAUUCUUCUGCUGAAUAUCACACAAAUAAUUUAUUAAGUCCAGUACUAUUCGAUGAAAUAUCUCGUCUCAUACCACCCAAUGCAAUUUGUAUAGAAAUAGCUCCUCAUGGAUUAUUACAAGCAAUUCUUAAAAGAUCUUUACCCACUAAUUGCAUUAAUGUUUCGUUAACUAGAAAAGGACAUCCAGAUAAUUUUGAAGUACUAUUAAUAGCUUUAGGUAAGUUAUUCAACGCUGGAUUGCAUCCUCAAAUACAAAAUCUGUAUACAAAGGUGCAAUAUCCCGUUGGCAGAGGAACACCUUCAAUAUCUUCUCUCAUUGAAUGGGAACAUACCACUGAAUGGCCAAUUAUAAGCGUUAUCAAUGAAAGUGCGUAUAAGAUAAUAGAAUAUACGAAAAAAAUUGAAAUUAAUCUGAAUGAGAUGAAUGGAUGUAAACAUGGAAAUAUUAUCUUUUAUGCAUUCAGAAAUGAUCUACGUCAGAUCCAGAUACCAUUGUUAAUAGAAAAACUUCUUAUUGAUACUGAAGAACAUGAAAAUAUAAAUAAAUAUGAAAAUGGUUCUAUUAUAUCCAAUAAUUUAUUUAAUAAUAAAUUUUAUGAAAAUCAACUAGAACUUGAUUUACUUAUAAAUAUUUUGAGUUCUAAAAAAGUAUGGGCUACGUUACGACGAAUAAAAGUUACUUUAAAUCCUCGAUUGUGUAAGAUUUGGAUAGCCAAUCAAUUUUAUUCGUAUUAUUCACAAAUUAUAGCUUGGACAGAAGGUCCUGUCUUUGAAAAUAUUGAAAAUAUGAUUAAAGUUGAAUAUUCAACUUUAAACUUUCAAGAUAUUCUUAUAGCCAAUGAAAAUUUAUAUACGCAUUCAUCAGAAAUGUCUGGAAAAGACCGAAUAAUAAAAAAGAGUUUCGGUUUCGAAUUUUCAGGAGUAGAUUCUAAGGAUAAUAGAGUUAUGGGAGUUACUUAUGGAAAUUCAAUGUCAAAUUUUGUAAAAAUGGACGAAAAUUUGACAUGGAACAUACCAAAUCACUGGAGUUUUGAAGAUGCAGUAACAAUUCCUUUGGCAUAUCUUAUAGCAUAUUCAUCUCUUUUCGAAAAAGCUCAAAUUCAAACAGGAGAAACAAUUUUGCUUAGUGAUUCUACUUUUGGAUUUGGUAUAGCUAUUCUUCAUUUGGCUUAUUAUAACAAAUAUGAUAUCUUUGUAACGUACAAAACGGAGAUUGAAAAGAAUUUAAUACAAUCUGUGUCUCCAAAUAUACAAGCUAAUCAUUUAUUUAAAACAUCAAAUAAUCAUUUUAUUGAUAAUAUUCUUAUGCAAACUAAAGGUAAAGGUGUAGAUAUUAUAAUUUGUAAUCAACAUGAAAUAAAAACACUAAACACGUUUUUUGCCUUGGCAAAACUACAGACCCGGGUUAUAUUGAUAAGUGAUUUUGACAAUAAUAAAAUUCAUGACAAUAUUGGAAUGGAAACCUUUUUAAAAGAAACUGCAUUCUAUUCAUUAGUGCCAAAAAAAUUGCUUUUAUCAUGUUCAGAAAGAAAAAUUUUUCUAUCAAAUAUGAUACAAGAUGGUAUUAAUAAGGGUUGUGUAAUACCAUUACCAAGAUCCGUUUAUAAUCGUAAUUCACUAAAUGAAGCUUUUAAUACUUGUAUUAAUAAUAAGCAUAUGAAAAAGAUUGUUGUUAAAGUUCAACCUGAGCAAUUAAUAAAAAAUAAGGCAAUGGCUAUUCCUCGACUAUAUUGUUCCAAUAAAAAAAUUUAUUUGAUUAUCGAUGGAUUCACAAUAUUUGGUCUGGAAUUAAUAGAUUGGUUAAUUACGAGAGGUGCUAAGCAUUUUCUGAUUACAUCUACAAUAACAAAAGUCGAUGAUUAUAAAAAUCCACGUUUAAAUCUUUGGAAAAGUUAUGGAAUACAAUUUUAUUUCCAUAAGAAUACAGAUCUAUCACAGACACUAAAUAUGAAGGCAUUAUUAAAAGAAGCUUUGUCUUAUGGACUUAUCGAGGCGAUUUUCGAUUUGCAACGAAUGAAUAAGGAAUCACCUAAUACAUUUAACUUUAUAAAUUCAACUACCAAAAUUUUAGAUGCAGAAUCUCGCUCAUCUUGCAGUGAGUUAAAAUUAUUUAUUGUUUGUUCAAUAACAGUAAAUUUAGGAUGUAUAUCAAAUAAAAAAUUGGAACAACUUCAUAAUCUGUAUAUUUCACAAGAUCAAGUAGUAGAAGAAUUAUUAAGAAAACGGAAGCAAGAUGGCUUGCCUGGACAAAUGAUUAAAUGGGGUUUAAUGGAUUCUAUGCAUGAAUAUAGUAAUAUCCUAAAUAAAAAUGUAGUUUUGCCUCCUUUAACAAAGUAUAUAGAAAAAUUAGAUGAAAUUUUGGGUGCAGAUGAAAAUGUUGUUGAAGUUUCUUAUACAGUUCCGCUGACUGACGAGAUUGAAGAGGAUUAUGACGAAAUUAAAAAUACUUAUUUAGUAGAUCCUGUAGAAGCAGAAUCCCAAAAUUUUACUGCAAAGCUUUAUGGGCCAUCUAAUACACGUUCAUAUUUAUAAACUAUUCAUUUUAUAAUAUUUGUAAUUUGUAAUAAU